UGACGUUUAGAUAUUAUUUGAAGUUGAUAUUUUUAACUUGGAAGUAUCAAAUUUGUCCUAAGUAAAAUCUAAAAUGACUACAAAUACCACAAGGCGCAACGUUAUAAUUACCGAUCUGGACCAAUCGGAUAAUCAACAAACGCCUAUGGAGGAAAGUCAUCGAAAAGUGGUGCACAAAAAACGUUCGAAGGAAAAACAUUUACAAACGCUUUCGGGAAAUUUUAGUAGACGCUCUCAAAGCGCAGAAUGCAAAACAGAGGACAGGUUGGCAGCAGGAGGUGGUGGUGACAGGGCGACUAAAAAUGCGAAGCAGUCCAACUAUUUUCAUGAUUUGCUUCAAUCCAAAGACAAGCAAAUGGAAAAGUUGCUUCAACGCCUUGCAACAGUCCACAAAUUCAAUGAACAAUUUGCAGAUGAAAAUCAACGACUGAUCUCUGAGGCAAAAGCAUUGGAGCAGCGCAUAUCCGAAUUGCAACUACAAAUAGCCAAUUGUGAAAAAUGUCAUCGUUUGGAAGGCGAACUGAGGAGAACUGAAGAGGAUAAUCACCUUCUUACAGCAGAUGUUAACAUGAUGAAAACCUUGGUCUAUCGCCUGAACGUACAAAUCGAAAGAUAUCAAGAUAUUCUAAGACUUAAGCCAACUCCCGAAGAGACAUCUAGGACUGCAACCGCUUCCGGCCCAUCGAAGUCUUCCAUAUCGCAAUGGCAAGAAGAGCCAAUACGAAGCCAUACCCUGGCACCACUUCUACAGUCGUACGACGAGAUGAUACGCGACAAAGAAGAUCUAAUACAGCAGUAUACUCAAGAAUUUGAACAUUUUACUGGCGAAUUGAAGAGUGUUCUUGAGGAGAAUAACCGUUUGCAGCAACAGGUGGACACACUCAAACGAGAUGGUGGAAAUUGGCGAGAAGAAAAAGCACGAAUUCAAGCCCAACUAGAGAUUUGUCGUCAAAAAGCCGAUGCCCAGACUCGGAAAACCGAUUUGGCGAAAGAGAAGCUAGUGGAAGUCAUGCACUGCUAUGAACAGAAAAUACAAACAUUGGUCUUGGACAUGGAACAUUUGCAAAAUGCCUACACCAGGUGCAAAGCCGAGCUGGUGUCAUUAAAAAGCAUUGCUGCAUUGCCCCAAGAUACGAUUGCUUCGUCGCUCAAGGAAUGCAAGGAUUUACUGGAACAAUUGCGUCAGCAACAUAGCAAAGAAAAAAAUUCCCUAGAGCGCACUAUUGGGGAACUAACUGAACGGCAUACUAGUGUGGAUGGCAAAGUAGAGAGGCUAAAGCAUGAGAAUUUCAAGUUAAAGACUGAAUUAGAAAAACACAGCAGCCAGUGUGAAGAAUUGCGUAAACGCAAUGCCUGCCUACAGCGUUCUACGGAGAAGGUGAAAAGGUCCCGCGAUCGUAUAAGAGCCCGCCUACGAAUAGCUCUACAAUGGACCCAAAAACUCGAAGAAAAUCAAGCAAAUCUUCAAAGCACAUGGGAUGCUAUCAAGCGAUUAGAAACAAUCGUCAAGCAUAAGGAGUCGCAAGUGCGCGGUUUACAUGCCAGACAUUUGCAGGAAAUCGACAAGAUGGAAAAAAAGUUGGCUCAAAAAGAAGAAACGAUAAAAACAAUUUUACGAGACAGACUGAAUGUAAAUUCUGGACAACAAUGACCACAAAAGUAUUCUGGGUCGUAUUGUACAUAUUAUUAUUUAUACAUUGAAUUACUACUCUAGUCAAUUGUUACA